GGGGACCGACCAUGCCCAAAUCGAGCCAGAAACGAGCGCUGGACGGGCCUGCCCAGCCAAGCCCGCACGGCGGCGCCGGCUUUCUCAGCGCCCGGCCAGAACCGUGCACACUUCCUGCGCCUCCGGCAGAAUUCCUCAAGCCGCGUCUCCCCCAGCGCUCGAGCGCGGCUGUAGAGUCGGCCACCUGUACCUCGGCGCCGCGCGGCCUGCCGGCGGCCAAGCGGCAGAACAGCAAGGGAACCAACAAGCCUCCUCCUCCUUCGCCAUGGCAGCCGCAGCCGCCACCGCCGCCGCCGGCGCCUCGAGAGCCGAGCGUGGCAGCACCCCAGUCGGCCGAGUGUGCUGUGGGCGCGUACGCGUCGCCGGCGCUGCGGCACCUGCACGGCACGCUGCUGCUCGCCACGCUAAGCGGCGCCCCUUCCCUCUCCACCCUCGCCCCCAAGCUCACCGGCAUGCUGCUCGAGCUUCCUCCGGAGACGGUUCCUUGCCAUAGCUAGCGAGACACCUAUGCCCUCGCCUGCCCCCUCUCCCUCCCUGCCCCGCCUGUGCGCCUAGGUGUCCUGACACGCACCUCUCCUCGCGGCCCAGGUCUCCUCUCUCCUCGCCGACAGCGAGGCGCUCGGCCGAGCCGUGGACGAGGCGCUCGACGUGCUGCGCGAGGCCUCUGAUCCGCGCGCCCUCGUCGUGCCUUCCGGCGCGGGUGGGGCCGCCGCCGCCGCCGCCGCCGCCGCCGCCGCCGCCGCCGCCGCCGCUGGCGGCGCAGGCGGCGCCCCGCUGCGCGAGCGUGUCGCGGGUCCCCCUCCGCACCAGAGUUGCUGCGGCGCUGACGCGGCAGGGAGGAGGCCGGCGCUGUCGGUGGUGGUUGCGCCAGAGGCGGAGACGGCAGCGGCCGACGCGGGCCUGGCCACGGGGCUGACGCCGCUCAUCGGCGGGCUGCCGCGUGCGUCUCGAGAGCAGCCGGACUCCGGUUGAGACCAUCACGGCCACUGCUGCGAGUCGUAGGCGGGCUGCUGCGCGUCUCGCCGCGCCCGUCUGCAAACAGGCACUCGACCACCAGCGUUCAACCUCGAGCUCUUCAUUCGCUUGUCAUUCAUUAAAAAAUAGCUAAUGAACAGGUACUCGACCACCAACCUUCUCGCCGCCGGCGGCAAGCCGCUGCGCGCCGGCGGCAAGCCGCAGCAGCGCGCGGGCGCC